UCCGUCCCGUUUCUGACACACUUCCGGUUCUCGCUCGUACCUUUUUUGAGACAGCGAGCGAAGGUGAAUGAGAUUGGAGAUCGAAGAUCGAAGAAAAGGAUCGCGAUCGAAUCCAAGGAGAAGGAAGCGUGGCACAAUUCGAGGGAUUUGACCUCGGAUUCUUAUUCAAUCCUUCAGUUAGCUCUCUCAAAUUGCUCCGUCUUUUGGUAGUGUGAUGAUGAAAUUUACUCUCGGUCUGUCUGAACAUAGUUAAAAUAUAAUUAAAGUGGGGGCUUUUCUUCAGUCUACAAGAUGACCAACUUUUUGCUGGGAAAGAAGCAAACAUUUGCAAGUUCAUCCUGCACUGUUCAGCCUAUAAUUAUGGAUGAAUCAUCCUCUCCUCCACCAAUGAAUCUCAAGUCUCUCAAGCCAAAGGAACAGGUUCAACAUCAGUCUGCAGUGAAUUCAUCACAUGGAAAAUCUUCAUUCAUACUUCCAAACAGUGGCAUCGACAAACUAUUAGAGUGCCCUGUCUGCAGAAACACAAUGGUUCCACCUAUUCAGCAGUGUCCAAGUGGGCACACUUUGUGCUUUUCCUGCAAAAACAAAGUGAACAAGUGCCCAAUCUGCCGAAAGGAAAUUGGCCAAAUCCGUUGUUUAGCACUGGAAAAACUUGCUGCUUCACUCCAUGUACCUUGCUCAUACCAUCAUCUUGGUUGCACAGAAAUGAUGCCCUAUUACAGCAAGUUGCAGCACAAAACACAUUGUGUUUACCGGCCUUACGCAUGCCCUCAUCCUGGUUCAGAUUGUCCCUUCACCGGAGACAUUCAUGAACUUAUGUCGCAUCUGAAACAAUGCCACAAAUUGGAUCUUCAAGCAGGAAGCACUUUCAAUCACCGUUAUGUGAAACAGGAUCCUCAUUCUGUUGACAAUUGCUCAUGGACUCUAACUCUAUUCAACUGCUUCGACCGCUACUUCUGCCUUCAUUUCGAAGCGUUUGUGAUCGGUUGUGAGCCAGUUUAUAUGGCCUUCAUCCGUUUCAUCGGUGAAGAGUCUGAGGCAAGGAAGUUCAACUAUUGCCUUGAAAUCGGAGGCCAUGGGCGCAAGAUGAAAUGGCAGGGUGUGCCUCGAAGCAUCAGGACUCACCACAGGAUGGUGCGAGACAGCUACGAUGGGCUUAUAGUUCACCGGAACCUCGCCCUUUAUUUCUCCGGCAACGAUCAGAAGGUGCUGAAGCUGAGAGUCUUUGGCAGGAUUUGGAAGGAGACUUGACGAAUAUAAAUAGAUAUGGGGUUAUGAAAAGCAUCUCAUUUGCUGUAGAGGGUUCAAUUUUUUCAGUCCUGCUGGGAGUUGCAGUCCAGGAUCUGAUUGAGCCCGCCCGUGUAUUUAAUCCUGUCGACUGGUGUAGUUUUGCAGAAAUAUGUUCACUGCAUUGCUAAAAUCUUAGCAUAUAAUUGCAGGUCGAUUUGGCAAAUCAUAUGCCGGUGAAUGUAAUUUUUAGACCAUGAAUUGAAAAUCAAACUAAAUGGGUUGGCGCAAGCAGUUUGAUGAUGAAA